AUGAGGUGUCAUUGGUUAGUCGACGUCGGUUCAGGAGACUAUGAGGCCGUUCAACGGAGCAAUCUCACCCACAGCUCCAGCUCAAUUGGCCACUGCGUCGUAAACAGCCGCCGGAACGUGGAGCUUCUGGCAAAAGCUAACCGCAUCGCCAUCGCCCUUGCCUUCGCUUUUGCAUUUGCUUUCGCCUUUGCCCUCGACUUUGCCGCUGCAUUUGCCCUCACCUUCAUUCUUGUCAUCGCCUUCGCCUUUGCUUUUGCUUUCGCCCUCGCCCUCGCCCUCGACUCUACUUCUUCUUUUGCCCUUGCCUUCGUCCUUGCCAUCGCCUUCGACCUUGUCUACGCUUUUGAAUUUGCCCUCGCCUUCGCCCUCGUCGUCGCCCUCGACUUUGCCCCUGCUUUUGUCCUCGCCUUCAUUCUUGCCAUCGCCUUCGUACUCGCCUUCGCCUUCGCCCUCGCCCUCAACUUUGCCCCUGCUUUUGCUCUCGCCUUCGCCCUUGUCAUCGCCUUAGAACUUUCCUUCGAUUUUGCAUUUGCUUUCGCCUUCGCCCUCGCCUUUGCUUUCGCCUUCAUUCUUGCCAACGCCUUCGUCCUCGUCUUCGCCCUUGCAUUCGCUUUUGCAUUCGCCCUUGCCUUCGCCCUCGCCUUCUCCCUUGCCAUUCAUUGCCUUCGCCCUCAGCCUUGCAUCAUUCGAGUCGCACAGAGCAAGAUUUGUCAGCAUGCUUGCCUCUCUGGAGCCGGCCGUGCAGCUCAACCAGACACGAUUCUGCAUCUUGGGUCGUCAUCCGCAGCUCUGGCUGGUGACCACCCUUUCGCCAGGACAUUUGGCCUCAGAUACGCCGAUACGACCUCUAGCCCUCCCUUUAUUCCCGCCAGCCUUGACGAGGGACAUGCGUACAAUAGCACUUGGGAUGCACACACAGUCAUGUACAGGGGUUCACGUACCCAAGGCACACUAUCAACCAUCCGAUAA